AGUCACUCCGUGCUGUUUCAAGUCUGUCAUACCGGGAAGACGCAAUCCGUUAACAUGAGUGAAGAAUUUAGUGGCUCCCUGACCCCGCCCUGCUCACCAUAUAUCACCGAGAGCCUGGAGUUACUAGUGACUGAACAAUGUAUCCCUCCGCGCUUUUCUUGCGCACCGGACAAAUGUAGGAAUGGCGGGAAAUCUUUUUCUGGAGAUUCGUAUCUCAGUACUGGCUCCCUCAAGAGACUGUUGCUGAAACUUGACCCUUCACCAACUGACUAUGAAUCUGACACUGUUGAGAUUUUCGGUUUUCCUUGGGUGACUGAAACGGCUCUUGUUGAAUCAUCAGAUAUGCUCUUUGGAUUGCUCAGACAAAAAAUAAAUACACUGGAAAGCUUAACUCAGCCCGUUUCAUUUGAUUUUGGGCAAACCAACAAAAUACAUAGCGAGGCAGUGGAAAUUCGAAACCAGUGUUCACGGUUUUUACAUUAUGUUAAGGUAUUUAUAUACAGAUUUUUAGAGUCAGAAAAAGUUACUGAUGAUGGUUCACUUCAUCCUUAUGAGGAAAUGGAGGCGCAACUUCCUUCAAAACUUAUAGAGGAGCUGAAUGGCUUAUGUUUGUAUAUUGGACGUCUGAAUGAACUACCAAGCAACAUUCUUGGGGCCUUCACUAUCCAACACCAUGGCAAGGUUUUUCCAGCAACCUGGCAUCUGCUUCACCUUCACCUAGAUAUUCAUUGGUCUAUUUUAGAAAUCCUUCACAUUUUAGGAGACAAAAUGCAAGGUCAAGUUGUAUACGCUCACCAGUUUAUUAAUUUGAUUGGGGAAAACCUAACUAAUGUUGGCCUUUUUAAAGACCAUUGUGAAAACUUAAUAUGUGAUUUGAUUGGUCUAGCUGCAAGCAGAUAUACUAAGGUGCGACCAUCAGAAGCUUUAAACAGUCACCCAUAUCCUUGUCUUUGUAUAAAAGAGCUGUGGAUUUUAAUUGUAUAUCUUCUUGACCAUAGAAGCAAAGGUUCUUACUCUGAGUGUUUUUGGAACUGGGUAAAUACGCUAUUAAGAAGUCUCCUUGGUGAAUCCAGUGGAACAGAAACCCCUAACAUUUCAGGUGUGGUACAGUGCAAAGAUUCUUUAGGACUCAGCUGGUGGCUUAUGUCACACCUCUCAUUAUUAUAUCAGUUUGAUCGGAAUGGCAACCAAGAUGAACGGAUCCAGAUAGAGUCAAACUGGAAAUUCGUUGAAGAACUCCUGAAGAAAUCCAGCAAUGUGCAGAAUGUAGUCCUAGAAGACCAACUCCGAAUGCAUCUACAAUGUUGCUUGUCUUUAUGUGAGAUAUGGGAAUCAAACCUGCCCACCGCAACCAUUCUUUGGGAAUAUUAUAGCAAAAAUCUGAAUAGUGCUUUUAAUAUUUCGUGGCUUGGAGUAAGAGCAUUGGCCAGCGUCAGUAAAACACCUUUUUCUAUGCUGGAGGUAGUGAAGAACUGCUGUGCUGAUGAACAUAGUUCUGACCUGUACAAGUCUGAUAACAGCUACCUCAUUUUCUUGCGGAUCAUGGGACGCUUGAUGAAAAAAUCUAAAGACACCAGUGGGACACAUCCUUGGAAACAAAUUAAAGGAAGAAUCUAUUCAAAAUUCCACCAAAAGAAGAUGCAGGAACUUACAGAGGUUGGUCUGCAGAACUUUUUCACUCUGUUCCUUUUACUGGCUACUUUGGCAGAAACUGAAGAUGUUACUAGUAGAGUAUUAGAUUUAUUAAAUUUUUUAGUUCCUAAUCAUAUUAGUAUGGCUCAGCGGACCCUUGUGUGGCGUGGUCAUUUUGCUUUUCUCCUGGUCUAUGUUGAGAAAAACAUGGACAUAACUGCUUUGGCAGAAAAGCUGUCACACAACUUUCAGGAAACUGCCAAAGAAUUCUUGGUUUUAAAGAGCGACUUUGGCCAGAAACACAUACUAUGGACGUUGCUUUCUACAUAUGUUGAUGGAGUCCAAGAAGUGUUUGAAACUAGCCGCAACCUCCAGCUUUCUGAAGAAAAGCUGCUAAAUGAAGGCUUUAGCAUGUUGUUACCAGCUUGUCGUGAAUCUGAACUCAGUGCGGUAUUGCAUUUCCUGCAGACUGUUAUAGCCAGACUAAGAAAAGAUGUACAAGAGGACAUAUACUCAUUCAAUAUUACGAAUUUUUCUUCCCUGUAUAUGGAAGAGGAGGAUACUUCGGUAGUAUAUGAGGGGGAAUUCUCAAACUCAGAUGGAAUCCAGAUAGAGUCAAACUGGAAAUUCGUUGAAGAACUCCUGAAGAAAUCCAGCAAUGUGCAGAAUGUAGUCCUAGAAGACCAACUCCGAAUGCAUCUACAAUGUUGCUUGUCUUUAUGUGAGAUAUGGGAAUCAAACCUGCCCACCGCAACCAUUCUUUGGGAAUAUUAUAGCAAAAAUCUGAAUAGUGCUUUUAAUAUUUCGUGGCUUGGAGUAAGAGCACUGGCCAGCGUCAGUAAAACACCUUUUUCUAUGCUGGAGGUAGUGAAGAACUGCUGUGCUGAUGAACAUAGUUCUGACCUGUACAAGUCUGAUAGCAGCUACCUCAUUUUCUUGCGGAUCAUGGGACGCUUGAUGAAAAAAUCUAAAGACACCAGUGGGACACAUCCUUGGAAACAAAUUAAAGGAAGAAUCUAUUCAAAAUUCCACCAAAAGAAGAUGCAGGAACUUACAGAGGUUGGUCUGCAGAACUUUUUCACUCUGUUCCUUUUACUGGCUACUUUGGCAGAAACUGAAGAUGUUACUAGUCGAGUAUUAGAUUUAUUAAAUUUUUUAGUUCCUAAUCAUAUUAGUAUGGCUCAGCGGACCCUUGUGUGGCGUGGUCAUUUUGCUUUUCUCCUGGUCUAUGUUGAGAAAAACAUGGACAUAACUGCUUUGGCAGAAAAGCUGUCACACAACUUUCAGGAAACUGCCAAAGAAUUCUUGGUUUUAAAGAGCGACUUUGGCCAGAAACACAUACUAUGGACGUUACUUUCUACAUAUGUUGAUGGAGUCCAAGAAGUGUUUGAAACUAGCCGCAACCUCCAGCUUUCUGAAGAAAAGCUGCUAAAUGAAGGCUUUAGCAUGUUGUUACCAGCUUGUCGUGAAUCUGAACUCAGUGCGGUAUUGCAUUUCCUGCAGACUGUUAUAGCCAGACUAAGAAACCUCCAUGAACGUUCAUCCAAAGUACAUGGGAACCCAGGCAUGCAUGCACUGUCAGUAGUGAAAGAGUGCCAUCUGGCUGUAGCUAGCGCUCUCUGGAGGAAUUUUUUCCCAUUCUUGAAGAGCUUAAGACUUUCACAAACACCUCCUUCACAGCUUGCCGAUACAGCUGCAGGUUAUACUCUGUUAGCAUUGGAUAUGCCCAGUAGUGCCCCAUCUGAACUACAACCACAGCCUUUUGUGUCAAUGAUGCAUCUAUUUGGAUGGGAUGACAUGAUCAUACCACAGCUGGUAUCCCGUUUUCUCAGCCAUCUAAUGCCAAACAGCAUAUUAACCGAAGCCCUCUCUAGCAUGGGAUAUACUUCUUAUCAAGCCUUGUGUAUUCGAGCUUGGAUACGAUGUGUAUUGCAAAUCUUUAUUGAUCAGCCUGUUGGUGCAGCAAUACGAAGUGACUCUGAAAUAACAAUGCUGCUGACAGAACAGCUGGGAGAAUUAUCUAGACUAGUUUUCAAACUACCUGAAGUGGAAAAUAUUUUAUGCAAAGGAAAAAUUGACCCUAAAUCUAACAAACAAGAUCCAAAGAGUGCAAUUUUACAAUUCAUCAAGGGAGCUGGUGUGACAUAUAGUAGCCUUCAAACCUUAGUAGAAAAGUCUACUAUGGUAUCAAAAUGCCUUGAAUACCUUGGAGAUAUAUUGAAAUAUGUAAAACCAUAUUUGACAAAGAAAGGGCCUGUUGAAGGUCUCCAGAUUACUUACAGAACCACGGGAUGCAUUGUGAAAUACUGGGCAUUGAUGUUGGCUACUUCCAAAGCUCAGCAGUUCUUGUUCCGCAUCAUUGAUUUCCUGCUUUUGCCUCAUGCUUUAUAUCAUCAAGAUAAGGGUUUGCCUCCAGCCAUGCUCUCUGCCAUCAGAGAAAGUCUACCUCUUUUUCUCCAGGGCCUAUCAAUAAUAUCCCGUCAGUCUCAAACACAGGGCGCCUAUGUGAAGCAGCAACUGAAGACUAUUAUACAACAGUAUUUUGGACGAUUCCUUCCCAGUGCACCAUCUGUUGCAGUGACAGGCAGUCACCCCAUGCUUCUAGCAGUGUGUGAAUCUGUGCAGAGUCUGCAUACUGUUAAUCUUAGAAGGACAGUAAUGCAAGUGAUAAGUGACAGCUACCUGCAGUUUAAAGGUCAUGCCCCACCUCCUCGAUUGGCAUCCAUUUUGUCUUUUAUCCUUGAUGUUUUCCAGAAAAGCAAAACGGUUGAUGUGGGGGAUGCUGAUAUAAUUCUGCCUUCCAUUCUUAAGUGUUUCAUGUUGGUCAAUGACCCUCAAGCUACCACUGCGCACAUUUUGAACAUGGAGGCGCUGGACAAGUGGGAAUACACAGUGACCCAGCUGGUACACAACCAUUUUCAAAGUCUAGAGGAAGAGCUUGAUAAACUCCUCAAUCUACAUGGAUCUUUUGGGCCGCCAACAAGGGAAUACACUCGGGUCCAACAAGCCACCAGGACAAGGCCGGACAGCAUAACGUCCCUCCACUUGUGCAGCCUAACAGAUACAACACUUUCCACAGAAGGGUCUAUACCUACCUCAGCUUCAGACCGGGAGACUCAAGGUGGUAAUGGGGAGUCAAGUGCCCGUGAAAACCUCAGACCGAAAAUUGCUGAGAGUCUGGAUGCUGGAGAGGGGACUGUCUCCCAGGUUCCCGCUCGAGUAAUUCAAGCCAAGCUACCCCAAACUAGGGCACAUCGAUCCGGAGCUCUGGCUCUGAGUCAAACUCCCUCUCUGUGGCUGGACUUAAUUGCUGGCGACAUGGAUUGUGCUGAGUGUGAUAGCAAUUGCAAAAGAGUGGAACUGACAGAGUAUGGCGUUACAUUUUAUGCCACUCAUAUUGCGCUUCUCGGCAAUACACUACCUUGGAACAGUUACCAGAGUGACUUGCCUUUGCAUCGACAGGUCAGUACAUACCUCACGGAGGACGGGGAACAGGACACUUGCUGGGGAACAAGCAAACGGCAAUCAUUUUUUCUUAACCUGCUGAUUGCUACAUUGGAACAAGGAAAGCAGUUUGUGCAAAACUUCAGUGGGACAUAUGAUCACCAGGUAUAUGGAAUCUUGGAAACCCUAUCUGUCUUGGACCAGUCUCUUGUUAUCAGGCUGAUUCCAACAAUGACUCAAAGUCUGAAGGAACAGGAGUAUAGGCGUGGGCAGGGCAGAAAUGCUUCAUCAAGGGAGGCUUACAAGAGAUUGCUCUCUCACUUGGGUGAACCGGGACUUGCUGAGUUGCAGGCACUGGAUUAUGAAAGAAGCUAAUAUGAAACCUGUGUUGCUGUUGUCCUUGUUCACGUUACAACCAGAAGUACAUGUACAAAUGAAGUGUUCAUACUUGUAACAUCUAUAAUGUUUGAUAAACUAGAUAUUUAUUUUUCUUAAGGCUGUAUUUUAUAAUAAUGAUGAAUUUUGGCAUUGAAUAAAAAAAAAUAUUCCUUAAUGAUGUUUGAUUUUACUUCCUUUCUAAAUAAAAAAUGGUUUUGCAUUUUC